AUGGCCUCCGCCACCACGAUCUUUCGCCUCUUCGCGUUGUCCGCGGCUUUGAACCAGGCGACUGCUACCUUCAGUCUCGAUACUUCUGGUCCUAGUUGGGACUAUACAACCAAGGACUUGGCAGACACGACGUCACAGGCUUGCAAGGACGCCUACAGCGCCAGUAUCGACUGCGAUGAAACCCUCCUUGAGAUCGUAGCGUCUAUGGAUCCUGACUUCAACCCGCAAUCUUCGGACUUGCAGGCUAUGUGCACCACGACAUGCAGUGAUUCAUUGUCCCAGUAUAUGAAGAACGUCAAGGCUGCAUGCGGCAACGAUGGCGAUCUAGCCGGAGUUGCCAACGGGAAUACAUAUGUUUACCAGGCUCCCGUGGCCACCGUGGGCGAGGUUUUCCAGUACAAAUACGGCCAAUCUUGUGCCAAGAGCGGGUCUGAUUACUGUUACUUGACCUAUCCCAACAGCGAUGAUUGGGCCAGAACCGACUUCCCGUGCAGCGACGAGUGUGCAGUCGAGUUUUACCAAAACGCACACGAGCAACCUGGCUCGGCAUAUUUCUUUAACUACUUUGCUCUUUGCAACCAGUCAUCAUCCUGGGAGGAUACCUUUGCCGGUGGUUGGGAAACUGUGGUUCAAUGCAACGAUGGUGGAAGCGAUGUAAGCUCCGUGAGCACGAGCGGAGAUUCAACAACCACCGAUAUUGUUGACAUUGCAUCUUCGACCACCUCAAUGACCAAUGCGGCUAUUUCUACGACCUCAACACCAACUGCAGCGACGACAACCGCCGCACCGGUUCGGUCUGCUUCUGGGACUACUUCCACCGCUGGGACUACUUCCACUACAGCCACCAGUGGCGCUUCGAGGCUCAGGGCCCCCUUUCUUUCAAAUUUCUGGGCAUAA